AUGGACAGUUCGUAUUGGGAAAAUCUCUUCUUAACCAUAAAUCGAUUUUUUGGUGUAUUCCCCAGUGGAAGAAGUGGAAUCCUUCGAUGGAUCCACUCUCUUUGGUGCCUAUUUCUGCUAUUAUACAUCUGGAUACUAAGCAUUUGCAAGUGUAUUGAUUUUAAAGUGGAAAUACCCACCAUAGAAAAACUAUUCUAUUUGACGGAGUUUCCGGGAAACAUGUCAUCUACUGCCAUUUUGGUUUACUAUGCUAUAUCAAAUAGUCCCUGUGCUCGUGAAGUGGAGUUGAAGAUCCAUCGCCUCAUGAAAGGACUCGAAGGGAAAGCUAUUCGUUGUAUCUAUAAGAAACAUGGUCAGAGAACUUUUCAUCUUAUGGUGACGGUCUUAGUUUUCCAUGGGUUGUGCACUCUGGUGGAUAUAGUCAACUAUAACUUUGAGUUCUGCAUUACUUUCUUCAGUAAUUGUGUCUAUAAUCUGCCAGCUUUAAUGAUGAGUCUAGGGGUACUACAAUAUGCCCUCCCUGUACACUUGCUUAGACUUUUACUGGAACAGAUGAGGAUUUGCCUUGGGGAGCUAAAGUUACGACAAAGACCAUCGAUGGAAAUAACCAAGUUGGAUGCUCGAUAUGAGUCCGCUUUUGCAGCUCUAGUGGACGCAGGUGGAGGAUCUACUGUACUUAUCGAGGAGAUGCGAUCAACCUGCAAUCUUAUUGAUCUAAUCCACAAACAGUUGCUAUCUAGAUUUGGACUUUUUCUGCUUUUAAAUAUGAUAAAUUCUCUGGUCAGUUUGUGUGUAGAGCUCUACUUGAUUUUUAACUUUUUCGAAAAUCCACAAUGGAAAGAGUCCAUGUUGCUAAUAUAUCGACUGCUUUGGUUGCUCCUGCAUGGCGGACGUAUUUGGUUUAUCCUGGCGGUAAAUGAGCAGAUCCUGGAAGAGAAAUGUAAACUCUGUCAGCUGAUCAAUGAGUUGGAGGUGUGUAGCUCCCAUCUGGAAAGGACCAUUAAUCGCUUUUUGCUGCAACUACAGACGAGUCUUGAGCAACCCCUGGUUGCCUGUGGAAUCGUGACAUUGGACACCCUUUCUUUGGGAGGGUUUAUCGGCGUUCUAAUGGCCAUUGUCAUAUUCCUCAUACAAAUCGGCCUGGGGAAUAAAUCGCUAAUGGGAGUUGCCCUCAACAGAUCCAAUUGGGUUUACAUUUGA